UAUAUUUUAUUUAAUUUAAUAAUUUACUUAUAAGUUUUAAGAAGUUUUACCUUUUUUUGUAGAACUGUUUCAAAUUAAUCGUUGUACGUAGAAUGUCCAUCAACUUUGCUGUUAAUUGAACAGCCAUAAAAUAUUGUUUGAAAGUCUGUGAUUCUACGAUGGACCAGAAAAACGAUACAUUAGGUGUCGAAGAUGUUGUGUUUAUGUUGCUUGAAACAUUAAAGUCUAAUGGCACAUUUGAUGAAAUUCGUAGGCAUUGUGUUACUGAUAUUGAUGCUAAGCCAACUUACCAAAAUUGGAAACAGCGCAUAGAAUCAAAUGUCAACAAAUUUUUAAGUAAAGUGAAAUUUACACCAGAAUUAAAUAAAAACACUGUUCGAGAACGUCUUAGAAAACAUUUACUUGAUGGACGUGAAAAUCAAGAUAUUGAAGAAGGAGCUGACAGAAUACUUACUCAAGUACUUGCACCCCGUUCAUUAAGUAUUUUUGAACCUAAAAUAGCAGUUGCUGUAGAUGAAUACUUGGGAAUCAAAAAUGAAGCACCUCCAAUUGAACUAAACGGAUUUAAAGAAUCUAGUACGAAUUUGACAAAACCAUCUAAUAUUGAAAUUAGUACUAAGUCUAGUACAAAUUCGAUAAAAUCAUCUAAUAUUGAAAUUAGUACUGUUUUCAAUUCCAAAAUAGAUUUUAUCGUAGAUGCUGACAACAUAGUCUGUGAUAAAACCCUAAAAUAUGAUAGAAAAGACUUGGGAUCAGACAAAAAAGAAAUAUCUUCCAGUCUUUGUAAAGAGCCAAAAUCAGUGAACGGCAAUCAAAGUGAAGAUGAAAAUGAUACAGGAGGAUCGUUAAAACAAAAAAGUAGCCAACACAAAAAUAAAACUUCUACAUCUGAUAAAUCUAAGUCUUCCUCUAACAAUCAUAAAAGUAGUAAAAAGGAUAAUAGUUUUAAAGAAAUUGUUGACAAAUCUAAAGAAGUUAUUCAUAAGUCUAAAGAUGUUAUCAAGUCUAAAGAUGUUCUCAAGUCUAAAGAUAUUGCUGACAAAUCUAAGGAUAUUGUUAAUAAGCUUAAAGAUGUUAGUAAGUCUAAAGAUAUUGUUGAUAAAUCUAAGGAUGUUGUUAGUAAACCUAAAGACAUGGUUGAUAAACCUAAAGACAUUGUUGAAAAAUCUAAAGAUAACAUUAAUAAGCCUAAAGAUAUUGUUGAUAAGACUAAGGAAAAAUCAUUUUUGUCGAAAAAUUCUCAUUCUUAUACUUCAAGUCAUAAAAGUAACCGAACAGAUACGAAAAGAACUAAACGUUCUCUUGAAGAGAAAAAAAAAUCAUCUAGUCUUUGUAAAGAGCCUAAAUUAUUGAAUGGUAAUCGAAGUGAUGAUGAAAGUAAUUCAGGAGGAUCUUCAAAACAAAAAAAUUUUCAUAAAAAUAAAAGUUCAUCAUCUGACAAGUCCAAGUCAUCAUCAAGUAAUCACAAAAGUAGUAAAAGAGAUAAUAAUAGUACAGACGUUGUUGAUAAGUCUAAAGAUAAAUCUUUAUCCAAGAAUUCUAGUAAUACUGACAUUGUAAAUAAAUCCAAAGACAAAUCUUUGUCAAAAAUUUUUGAUAAAACUAUUGAUAAGUCUAAAGACAAAUAUUUUUCAAAAACUUUGAGUAGUACUGACGUUGAUAAGUCCAAAGACAAAUCUUUAUCAAAGAAUUCCAUUAGUUCUGACAUGGAUAAGUCUAAAAAGAGAUCUUCGUCAAAAAAUUCUAGUUAUAUAGACAUUGUCGAUAAGUCUAAAAACAAAUCAUUAUCGAAGAAUUCCAGUAGCACAGAUGUAACUGGUAAGUCUAAAAUCAAAUCCUCUUUAAUAAAAGAUGCUAAAUGUUCAGAUUUCAUUGACAAAUUUAAAGACAAAUCUUUGUCAAAAAGUUCCAGUAGCUCAAGUCAUAAAAGUAAUCGUACUGACACUAAAAGACUUAAACUUUCCCGAGAGGAAAAAAAUAAAUCACCCACAAAUGAGGUAAGUGGUGAAGAAAAGAAACCAGAAGAAUCAGAAAAAUCUGAUUGGAAUGAUUUUCGAAGUUCUAUUAUGACAAAUGACGAACAAGAUGCAGCAAAUGUAUUGUUAUCAAUGAGUGCAAUUUCUUAUGAAAGUUCUCAUACUGAAAUUAUAACAGAAAAUAUCAUUUUUAUAGAAAAUUCUUCUCCUAUAACUGACAGUACAAUAGUAAAUGAAUUAAAAGUUGAAAAUUCUGAUCAAACAAAAGUUCUGCCUUCUAGUGACAAUAAUGAUAUUGAAGACAAUUCUCAAUUAAAAUCAAAUAAUUUAGAAAAAUCACAAUCACUAGAUGUUGUAAAAAGUUUAUCAAACAUUAACCAGUUAUUUGAGAAAGUAUGUUCCGUUGAUAUUGAAAGAUUACCAUGUAAUGAUAUAAAAUUACAAUGUAACUCUGUUAAUAAUGUUGAAAUAACUGAAAAACACCAAAAACAGGCUGAAAUAGUAGUGGAUGAAAAAGAACUAAAAAUAUUGAAUGUUGAAAUGAAUUUGAAAACAAAUACAACUGAAAAAUCCAGUGAAUGUAAUUCUAAUGAUAUUUUAAAAGUACCGAAAUUAAAACUAAAACUAUUACCAAAUCAAAUUGAUUCUGUGGAUAAAAUUAAGAGGAAAAAACAUCAUAAACAUAAAGAUUCUAAAAAAUUGAAGCCUUCAGAAUCAUUGAAUAUUCUUGAUGAAGUUAGUGUAUCAACAAAUAUAUGUGAUAAAAUAGACCAAGAAACUAACCAUGACAUAGACAUAAUAAUUAAUGAUUCUUCAAGUACCUUAUCCAAUCAAAUAUUACAYGAGAAAAUAGAAAAUAAUAGUGCAAAAGUAUUAGAUGAUGACAAAUCACUUUUCACUUUCAAAGGAUUUUCUGAAGCAGAUGCUAUUCCAUGUAAAAACUAUACACUAUUAAAAAAUGUGGUCAAAGCCUUACAAGCACAAAUGAAUGAUCGUGAUAAAAUUAAUGAUGGUUUCAAAGGUUUUACCAGUGCAGAAACAAAUCCAUGUAAACAUCGAGAUGAUGUUUAUGCAGAGCUCAUUAAGUUGAAAGAAGGUAAUUCUAGUACAGGCUUUAUAGGAUUCUCUGAAAGAGAUACUGAAGUGAGUAUUGGUUAUAAAUAUGUCGUAAAACAGCUUGAACUUGCCAAAAAACAAAACAAUGUAGAUAGUCAUCAACAAAAUUUGAAGUGUGGGGAGAAUGGAAUCCAGAAUGGAAAAACAUUUAAUGAAGUAAUGGCAGCAUAUUUAUAUAAAAGUAACAAUGAUAAUGAUGAAAAGUCAAAAGAGAAUUACAGCAAACCAAUUAAUGAUACAAAAAAAGAUAGUCCUACUGUGAAUAAUAAUAAUCACAAUCAUGAUAAUUGGGUUGUUGAACAAGAAAUGAAAUAUAAACUUUUACCUGUAAAAGUGAAACUUGAAAGACUAAUGGAGUAUGGAUGUAAUAACGCUAAACGUGUGUCUGAUUCUCCACAGCUACCCAUAUAAAUAAUGGUUGAAAAUACCAUUUAUAACACAAAUCAUGUCUUCAAUUAUUUCUUCAAUAAUAUUUGAAAAGAGGAUCAGAAAGAAGUAUAUAUGUUUAACAAAUAUGAUCGAUCAACUAGCAGAACUCAAUCUAUUUAAGGUAUGGCUGUGUUCCUUACCUUUUCAUUAAAAUCCACAAAAGUAGUUAAGUUAUUGUUGUAAAUAUGGCAGCUAUAAAUCUGCAUUUUGCUAAAAUAAUAAGUAAAUUUAACAAUUAAAUAAAAACAUGAUUGAAAAUAGCUGUCUUCUCACUCUUUUGUUAACUUAUUUAUUGUUAUUAGUUUUCUUAAUUCCAUUGCACGAUUCAAUAUACUACAGACAUUGUUUAAUAUCACAUGAUAAAAUAUAUCUUUAAAUUUUGUUGGUAAGUAUAGGGAUAUUUUUUUC